AUGGCGCUACAAGUUCCAACUGUCACUGUUGAUGACUUGCGCGCGUUCCACGCGAAACACUUUCUCCACACACCAGCACCCGAGUGCUUCUUGCAUGGCGUCGAACCUGCAACCGAAGCUGUCGAAGAAUAUUACGAGGUGGAAGACGAUGGGCUAGGCUACUAUUCCGACGGCGCGAGGCGCACCCUCACGGAUGAGCAAAUUGCCAUGUUCCGACACUCCGAGAUCCAGUCUAUUCUCCGCGAACGCAGACUACGGCGAGAAGAUGGUGAGGUCUUUGAAGAUGGGAACGCCCCAGCGAGCCCAGCCCCCGAAUUCGGCAGCCCAACAUCGCUGUGCAUCAACCCAACCACACCUAACACUACGACUUCCACCGACGAAGCCCUCGAACAACAAGUCGUUGUCGCUUCUGAGAAUACCGAUAAGGUCCAGGCAGGCCGGAUAGAGAAACCGAAGACGCAGCAGUGGGCGACCAGUAGCGCGAGGACGAAGGCCAGAAACAAAAAGCACAAUAAGAACUAUCGGAGGAAGAAGAAAGAGGAUAAGAAAAGAAAAGAGGCUAAAGGGGAUGGUGACGAAGAGAGUGAUGAGUGGGAUCCCUGGCAUCAAGCGACUGGACCCGAUGUGCAGAUGGACGACACCGUCGAUUUGGACUACUGA